AUGAGUCCGUCACGUCGCAGCUCGGCAUAUGCACGCUUGGUGAUUGAGAAAUUGUUUCAAAACAAAUCAAUAGAUUUGUGUGGAAUUAUGCCACCGAAUGGAGGACCGCAAGUGGCCCAACAUCCCUAUCAUGUUGUUCAUGAGGUCAUCCACAGCAGAUCUUCGUUUUUUGAGACCAUCCUAGAGGCUGACGACGGGCUUUCUAAUGAGCUGUGGUUUGCGAUUUGUCAGCAGGCAGACAUGAGCCUUCAGCCAACAACUCAAUCUGCUGAUAGCGUGCUUAUGCAGACCGUAUCAUUUUAUGUAACGCGACUUUUGCCCACGGAGCACAAUGUACCAAGUGUUGGCCGUGCUCCUUUGGUCAGUGAAAUUGGUCAUCGAAAGCAUACUCCACGGGAUCUCUUCCUGCCAACGUCUCCGGUAUUGAACUCGAUAAAACUAGAGUCGCAGGAGUUCUUUUCGUCUUCGCUCCACCCACGACACUUGACUAUAUUUUGUAAUUUCGUUAGCAUCCUCUGCUCUACGAGUGAUUUUCCAUCAGCUAAUAGAUUGAUGAUAUUGAGAGUAAUGAUGAAUUCAGAAUGUUGGAUGACGUUUUGCCGUCCUUGGCGAUACGCGGACGCGUUAAUGACCCUUUCUAAUGCAGACUUCUUGAGAGGUCCAUGGAUGCCGUUCAUACGGGUUCAUGAGAAGUUCUAUAGAAUUCUGCUCGGCAAAAUAUUACGAAGAGUAGCAAUGUUCGACCUGACUGCAGAAAGUGUUAAAGUUAUCCGCACCGCUGUGGAAUUCUCGUGGAAGGAGCCAAUGGUAUCGAUGCUUAGGGAGUUGGGCGUCAAUUCUCGACCCCAUACGCGACAGCUUUUAGAGACAGUUGUUGCGAAUUUACGACCAAUGAAAAUCGCGGUCACUUAUACACAACAGGCGCAGAAGCAAUCUCUGUGGGAUAUCAUAUUUGGAGCACCUGAGCCACCAUCCGUUCGCGAGCAAUGCGAAGUCAUCGAGUGCGUAGAGGGAAUACUUUCUGAAGCUGACGCAAACAUGGGUACUCAUUUUAUUGCUGAAGUAACUCCCCCGAAUGCCGAUAAUGCAAGUACUCUAUCGAACCGUACACCUCAACUGUCGGAAACUCCAAAGCGAGCACCUCCUCGGCUACUUCCCGAUCAUGUCAGGGAUCCCGUCACAGGACUUAUGUAUCUUACCGAGCUGGGACGCCGUCAAGUUUGGAGUGGCGAAAGUUCUUGGUACGAUCGCGAGAACAGUUAUGGACCCUCCUUGCCCGAAUCCUUCAAGCCCACUUUCUUCCCCUGUCUUCUCCAAAACCGUGAAGGUUACCCCUCCUACGCUACGUAUUCGGAUCUUGGCAAAUUAUGGUGUUUUACUUGGAUUCUUCGUGGUUUUCCUCUUUGCCCGAUACGGGAUAUGGGCUUUGGUUCCAGGUCAAUGACACUAGAAGAAGAAGUGGACGAAGAGCGGAAACCGUACGAGAGCGAUCGGGUUUGGUUAAUUCGACGUACCUUCUUGCGGAAGUAUUGGAAGGAAAUGCCCAGAAUGAAUUCCGAGGACACAUAUACGGAAGAAAAAAUGAAACAAAUUAGCGCUUUUCCAGUGAAGGGGAUGGCUUGCGGUGCAGUACUGCUCGAGCUCUACAGUGAUACCAAUUUGACCAGGGAAAGGAAACUUCUGGGUGUGUGCGUGACAGCCGAUUACCGAGCAUCAGCUAUGGAGAUGUUGAAUCACGCUACUGGGCGAGCGCGAUCUCCAUGGACUCAGAACAUUUCCGACGGCGUCAUGCGGAUAUCAAUAGCGAAUGUUCUUGUAUUCGAACAA